UGUAAAUUAAAAUUCAAUUUUCAGAAAAGUCGCACGGAAGAACGCGUGGGGAGGGAGACGAGACGAGCCAAUUUCAUCUCUCUCUCUAAUCGCCAUUUCUCUCUCUCUCGAUUUCGAAAUUGACCCAACUGGCUGAAGCUUCUUCGUUAAGGAUCGAGUCCUAUUGAUUUUCCGUUCUAUUGAUCGUCGGAACGACGGUGGAAAUGGAUCAGGUUAUGAACAAAGUAGGGUCCUAUUGGUUCAACCAGAAGGCGACCAAAGAGAUCGGCUCCAUCGGCGAUGAUAUUAAUUCAUUAUCAACCAGUCUUCAAGAUGGAACCAACUGGUUGGUCAAUAAAAUAAAAGGAAAAAUGCAAAAACCUUUGCCGGACCUGCUGAAGGAUUAUGACUUAGCUGUGGGAAUUUUUCCUCGUGAUGCAACCAACUAUGAGUUCAAUGAGGAGACAGGAAAGUUGACUGUUUUCAUUCCAGAAAUCUGUGAAGUUGGCUAUAAAGACUCAUCAGUCUUGCGUUUUUCCACCACUGUAACUGGAUAUCUGGAGAAAGGAAAGCUAGCUGACAUAGAGGGAAUGAAAACGAAAGUGAUAAUAUGGGUAAAGGUGUCUUGUAUUGCUUCUGAUGGACCAAAGCUCAACUUCACAGCUGGAAUGAAGAAAACCAGGAAAAGAGAGGCUUACGAGGUCCUUAGAGAUGGUGUAAGUGUUGAUAAGUUCUAAAAUGUAGGAAGUGUGUGGUUGGGUCGGUAUAUAUACCUUAAGCUUUACCUUGUUAUAGACUUUCGAUCUUGAACGAAUUACUGUAAAGCCGAGAAUCUUACCCAACCAUAUUCCGAUUACCUGCUAUUUUCUGAUGUCUAAAAGUGGUACGCAGUGCUCUUCUCCUUUUCAAACUUCUGGUUGAAUGAUCUAUAAGAAGACUUGCCAAUCUGCAUUCUAAA